AGGCAGGAGACAAGACUUCAGCCAGCCAGCCAAGGCAGGCAGGCAGGAGCCAGGACUCCAGCCAGCUAGCCAAGGCAGGCAGGCAGGAGCCAGGACUCCAGCCAGCAAGCCAAUGCAGGCAGGCAGGAGCCAGGACUCCAGAAAGCCAGCCAAGGCAGGCAGGCAGGGUCCCGGACUCCAGCCAGCCAGCCAAGGCAGGCAGGCAGGGGCCCAGACUCCAGCCAGCCAGCCAAGCUAGGCAGGCAGGAGCCAGGACUCCAGUCAGCAAGCCAAUGCAGACAGGCAGGAGCCAGGACUCCAGCCAGGUAGCCAAGGCAGGCAGGCAGGAGCCAGGACUCCAGCCAGCCAGCCAAGGCAGGCAGGCAGGAGCCAGGACUCCAGCCAGCCAGCCAAGGCAGGCAGGCAGGGGCCAGGACUCCAGUCAGCCAGCCAAGGCAGGCAGGCAGGAGCCAAGAUUCCAGCCAGCCAGCCAAGGCAGGCAGGCAGGAGCCAGGACUCCAGUCAGCAAGCCAAGGCAGGCAGGCAGGAGCCAGGACUCCAGCCAGCCAGCCAAGGCAGGCAGGCAGGAGCCAGGACUCCAGCCAGGUAGCCAAGGCAGCCAGGCAGGAGCCAGGACUCCAGCCAGCAAGCCAAGGCAGGCAAGCAAGGACCACGACUACAGGCUGCCAGCCAAGGCAGGCAGGCAAUGGCCAGGAAUCCAGCCAGCCGGACAUGGCAGGCAGGCAAGAGCCAGGACUCCAGCCAUCCAGUCAAGGCAGGCAGGCAGGAGCCAGGACUCCAGCCACCUAGCCAAGGCAGGCAGGCAGGAGCCAGGACUCCAGUCAGCAAGUCAAUGCAGGCAGGCAACAGCCAGGACUCCAGCCAGGUAGCCAAGGCAGGCAGGCAGGAGCCAGGACUCCAGCCAGCCAGCCAAGGCAGCCAGGCAGGGGCCCGGACUCCAGCCAGCCAGCCAAGGCAGGUAGGCAGGGGCCAGAACUCCAGUCAGCAAGCCAAGGCAGCCAGGCAGGAGCCAGGACUCCAGCCAGCUAGCCAAGCCAGGCAGGCAGGAGCCAGGACUCCAUUCAGCAAGCCAAUGCAGGCAGGCAGGAGCCAGAACUCCAGCCAGGUAGCCAAGGCAGGCAGGCAGGAGCCAAGACUCCAGCCAGCCAGCCAAGGCAGGCAGGCAGGGGCCCGGACUCCAGCCAGCCAGCCAAGCCAGGCAGGCAGGGGCCAGGACUCCAGUCAGCCAGCCAAGGCAGGCAGGCAGGAGCCAAGACUCCAGCCAGCCAGACACGGCAGGCAGGCAGGAGCCAGGACUCCAGUCAGCAAGCCAAGGCAGCCAGGCAGGAGCCAGGACACCAGCCAGCCAGCCAAGGCAGGCAGGCAGGAGCAAGGACUCCAGCCAGGUAGCCAAGGCAGGCAGGCAGGAGCCAGGACUCCAGCCAGCCAGCCAAGCCAGGCAGGCAGGAGCCAGGACUCCAGUCCGCAAGCCAAUGCAGGCAGGCAGGAGCCAGGACUCCAGCCAGCAAGCCAAGGCAGGCAAGCAAGGACCACGACUACAGGCUGCCAGCCAAGGCAGGCAGGCAGUGGCCAGGAAUCCAGCCAUCCAGUCAAGGCAAACAGGCAGGAGCCAGGACUCCAGCCAGCUAGCCAAGCCAGGCAGGCAGGCAGGAGCCAGGACUCCAGCCACCCAGCCAAGGCAGGCAGGCAGUGGUCUGGAAUCCAGCCAGCUAGCCAAGGCAGGCAGACAGGAGCCAGGACUACAGCCAGCUAGCCAAGGCAGGCAGGCAGGAGCCAGGACUCCAGCCAGCCAGCCAAGGCAGGCAGGCAGGAGCCAGGACUCCAGCCAGCCAGCCAAGGCAGGCAGGCAGGAGCCAGGACUCCAGCCAGCCAGCCAAGGUAGGCAGGCAGGAGCCAGGACUCCAGCCAGCCAGCCAAGGCAGCCAGGCAGGAGCCAGGACUCCAGCCAGCAAGACAAGGCAGGCAAGCUAGGACCACGACUACAGGCUGCCAGACAGGGCAGGCAGGCAGUGGCCAGGACUCCAGCCAGCCAGAUAUGGCAGGCAGGCAGGAGCCAGGACUCCAGCCAGCUAGCCAAGGCAGGCAGGCAGGAGCCAGGACUCCAGUCAGCCAGCCAAGGCAGGCAGGCAGGGGCCCGGUAUCCAGCCAGCCAGCCAAGGCAGGCAGGCAGGGGUCAGGACUCCAGCCAGGUUGCCAAGGCAGGCAGGCAGGAGCCAGGACUCCAGCCAUCCAGCCAAGGCAGGAAGGAAGGAGCCAGGACUCCAGCCAGCCAGCCAAGGCAGGCAGGCAGGAGCCAGGACUCCAGACAGCAAUCAAGUGCAGGCAGGCAGGGGCCCGGACUCCAGCCAGCCAGCCAAGGUAGGCAGGCAGUGGCCAGGACUCCUGUCAGCCAGGCAAGGCAGGCAGGCAGGGGCCAGGACUCCAGCGAGCUAGCCAAGGCAGCCAGGCAGGAGCCAGGAAUCCAGCCAGCCAGCCAAGGCAGGCAGGCAGGAGCCAGGACUCCAGCCAGCCUACCACGGCAGCAAGGCAGGAGCCAGGACUCCAGCCGGCAAGCAAAGGCAGGCAAGCAAGGACCACGACUACAGGCUGCCAGACAACGCAGGCAGGCAGUGGCCAGGACUCCAGCCAGCCAGACAUGGCAGGCAGGCAGGAGCCAGGACUCCAGCCAGCAAGCCAAUGCAUGCAGGCAGGAGCCAGGACUCCAGCCAGUUAGCCAAGGCAGGCAGGCAAGAGCCAGGACUCCAGCCAGCUAGCCAAGGCAGCCAGGCAGGAGCCAGGACUCCAGCCAGGAAGCCAAGGCAGGCAGGCAGGAGCCAAGACUCCAGCCAGCCAGCCAAGGCAGGCAGGCAGGGGCCCGGACUCCAGCCAGCCAGCCAAGCCAGGCAGGCAGGGGCCAGGACUCCAGUCAGCCAGCCAAGGCAGGCAGGCAGGAGCCAAGACUCCAGCCAGCCAGACACGGCAGGCAGGCAGGAGCCAGGACUCCAGUCAGCAAGCCAAGGCAGCCAGGCAGGAGCCAGGACUCCAGCCAGCCAGCCAAGCCAGGCAGGCAGGAGCCAGGACUCCAGUCCGCAAGCCAAUGCAGGCAGGCAGGAGCCAGGACUCCAGCCAGCAAGCCAAGGCAGGCAAGCAAGGACCACGACUACAGGCUGCCAGCCAAGGCAGGCAGGCAGUGGCCAGGAAUCCAGCCAGCCGGACAUGGCAGGCAGGCAAGAGCCAGGACUCCAG